CAGACAUUUUCAUUGCAACAGGUCGCAGUACCGACUUCGUGCUGUCCAGUGACUCCUAGAUUACAAUUUUUAAAUCCAAACUUGAGUGUAGCGUGGAUAAUGGCCGUUAGCCUUUCCCGCGGGACUUCUGGAGGAAUCGAUAAGGAGUACGACGUGUUGGAAAAACUAGGGCGAGGGGCCUUUGGUACGGUGCACAAAGCCCGGCGUUUGCAGGAUGGUGGCGUGUACGCUUUGAAGGUCCUGGACUUAUAUGUAGGUAUGGGUCCCAACAACGCUAUGGAGAUGGCGGUACGUGAAGUUCGCUCCCUUGUAGCUGUGUCCCAACCAGGUCACCCUAACGUCGUGUUGUUCGUGGAGUGGGGUAAAGUUGGAAACAGCUUGUGGCUGGUGAUGGAGUUUUGUCCACUUGGGACUAUGAACGACUUCCUGCUGAAGAAUGGGGACUCCUGCAACAGCCUGUUCAUGGGUCACAUAGCUGAUGCUGUCGCCUUCCUACAUGGGAAAAGAAUUGUGCAUCGAGACCUGAAACCUGACAACGUACUGAUCUCUGGCACCGCACAAAACCCAAUUGCAAAGGUGGCUGACUUUGGACUGGCCAAGGUGUGUGGAAAUGGCUUUGACGUCUACUCCCAGUACUACCUUCAAACAGAUAUGGCAUUUGUUUGGUAUGGAGCCCCAGAGAUUUGGGACCGUCACUACACCGAGAAGUGUGACAUCUACUCAAUGGGUGCCAUGUUUGCCGCCAUGCUUGACCGUACAACCAUACGUGGUCAGGAUGGUAAGCCCCUUCUAGCUGUCCACAUCCAGGGGCAGCCAUUGGCCGCCGUGCAGCGUCAAAACCCGAGAAUCAACCUGGCAGCUUACAUCAUGAGACAGGUGCAAGACGGCAAUCUCAAACAACUCAUUCUGCGCAUGUUGGCAUACAACUACCACGACCGUCCCUCAGCAUCAGAAGUCAACGGCAACAUGGGUGCUAGUGGAUGCACACUGCAGUGAGGUACACAUGAUGUGUCACCUUUCUGUCACGAUGAGCCAUUAGAUGGGGCAUUUCAACCUGGCUAGGUUAAAUCAAGCUUAUAGUUGAAACCAUAACCUCUUUGGUUAAAUUUGAGUUUCAUAACAGUUUUUAUUAAGCUCCACAUGACAGUACUAGUGAUGAUAAUCUACUUUUAUGAUGCAAUGAAGAGCAAGGAUGUCAAGUAUAUAAUAUUAUAUGUCCUAUACUUCAAAUUAAGUUCAAAACUUUGUUAAUGGCUAAUAGGAAGGAUCACGAAGAUAUAAUAAUGUGCACCACAAAGUUUGCUGACAUACUUAUCACAUACUAUAAGACUUUACAUCCUUUUAUCUGCAGCGGGCUAUACUAAUGGUGGCCAUAGUUUUAUUACUCAGUCAAUCAAUGCAGACAUCUUAUCAUUUUUAAGACCGCAUUCUAGUAUUUGUAGUAGUAUUUAGCUUUGUCAUUUUUUUAGCAACUUGCUUAGAACCAAAAUGAAUAAGAAUCAGCACUGGUUUACUUUUCAUUGAAAAGACAUUAUUGAAAUCUUGAACAAAGUUUGAUAUCUGUUUUUCAACCUCAGGACAGAAAAAAGUAACUAUUAGUUGAGAUUCCAAAAAUGAGAGGAAAUAUAGCCCAUCCAAUCUGAGUUUUUGAAAUGUUUUGAUAGUGUCCAGUGUUGUAGUACCAUGGGUGAAUGUGAAAUAAACCAUUCAGAACUACAUGUACAAAGGCCAACAUUUGCUCAAGGUACAUCAUAUUUCACCCCAUCUUCCUCCCUAUUCCAACAUGGGCUUUUCCAUAUGAACCUUUUGCAGGAAUGUGGUAUCCCAAAGUUACCUUUACUCACAAUAUUACCCCACUCCGAAAUGGGAUUUUCUUACUUUGACCCCCACCUCUGCAUA